GCGGUACUGCAGGCGGAAGUGCUGCACCUGUUGAGGUAAAAGUCUGUUCCUCCCGCCGGAAACUUUGACGGCUCACCUGGUCUACCUGGACCCACCGACCCGCUGGGGAGGUUCUGGACGUUCUGCGGCGGUUCUGGAAGAAGACCGGGUUAAUGGAUAAACUGAAGCAGGUUCUGGGCGGACAGGACGGCGGCGCCAGCUCGGAUGGGAGCGGCAUACUGGAGAGAGCCAAUCAGGCGUCCACUCUGGCCUGGGGGACCCGGAUGAAGGGCUUCCUCAUCUGCUUCAUACUGGGGGCCGUCUGCUCCAUACUGGCUACCUGUCUGCUGUGGAUCCCAGGGUUUGGACUUCCUGUGUUCGCUGUCCUCUACACCAUAGGAAACCUCUGUGCUCUGGCCAGCACCAUGUUCCUGAUUGGUCCGUUACGGCAGCUGAAGAACAUGUGUGCUAAGGUCCGAGCCCUGGCCACCGUCAUCAUGCUGGUCUGCCUGGUUCUGACUCUGUGCGCUGCGUUCUGGUGGAAGAACAACGGCUUGGCGCUGCUGUUCUGUGUGCUGCAGUUUCUGGCCUUCACCUGGUACGGCCUGUCUUACAUCCCAUUCGCCAGGGACGCUGUCAUCAAGAUGUUCUCCCUCUGCAUGUAGAGCCACCAAUCAGGACGCAGGAUGCUGGGGUGUGUAUCCAAUCAGGAGUCAGGGUUUUAUUUAUUAAUAAUCACAUUUUAUUUAAUUCUCCAUUUUAACAGAAUAAAGCAGCUUUAGUUUCAUAUUAUUGCAUUUCAGAUUCAGGCUCUUAGAACAGAAACACUAGAGGACAACUGAGCACCGUUUGAUAAAAAUAGGAAUCAAAUCAAAAUAAAACCUGAAAGGUUUAUUUAAAACUACCAUGGAGUUUUAGAGCCAUGGAUUAUGACUUUAUUCACAUAUUGUGACGUUAUUCUUGUGUUAUUAUGAUGUUACUCUCAGUUGUUGCAACUUGACUCUCAUAAUUUCGAUAAACUAAAUUAUUUUAUACUGACUCUAAUCCACAUUGUAAAAACAAAUGAACAGAUGAACAGGUUACAUUUUAAAGCAUCUUGGUCACAUUUCUGUUUAUAAUAUUUAAUGUUCUGAUCAGAAAACACUUCAGAUUUACUGAAUUAUUCAGUUUGUAUCAUAAUAAUAACUCUACAGUGUCUGAAUGUGAGCCAGUUAUUCACUAUUAUUAUUAAUAUGUUACUGUAACAAGUCCAGUUGGUCCUGAAUGAGUCAAAUCUGCACAAAUAAAAACAAAGAUUUUCAUUUAUGGAACAACAGAAAGAUAAAAAAAUGAAUAAAUGAAAAACAAAACAUGAAAGAAGAUAAAAUAAAAACAGUGAAGAAAAUGAAAAUAUGAAAAUAAUUUUAUUGAAUUGAUAAUAACUUUAUUAUUUUAAUCUAUUUAUUUGUGAUUUGUCUUGAUUUUUAUUUGGUCCUGUUGUUGUUCCAUAUUAGCAGGUUUCUGUUGGGUCAAACUUUAAUUCCUGUGUGAUAAUUAUGUAUUUUAUUAAUACUGAAUUUACUGUGAAGGCCUGGCCUCAGGGAAUGAAACAUUAUUAUUAUUAUUAUUAUUAUUAUUAUUAUUAUUCUUUGUGCUUUCUGACCCGGUUGCUAAUUUUGCCUGAGAACAAACUAUUAUGGGAUGCAUUUCAUCAGAAUUAUUUUAUUGAUUGAUUCCUUUAUGGAAGUGAUUGUAAAUAUUUCCUGCUUUAACAACAUUUCAUUGAUUUCUCUUAAUAUUUCAUUGAAAUUUUUUGAUAAAUUGUUUAAAUUUGAGCAUUUCAUUGACUAAUAUCAGAAACAUCUAGCGCCCCCUUCAGUCCCGGUGAGGAAGUGAAAGAUGGUUUUAUUUUCAUGAAAACAUUUUUCUGUUUGUAUGAUUUGGAUUCAUAUUUCUGAACCUUCUGGUUUUGGGUCCAGAUGGUUUCUCCAGAACCAUUUCACCUGUUUUUUGUAUUUCCUGUCAGAUCUGAAUAAAUGUAUUUUUGAGCCAAA